AAAAUGGCUGGGAAAAGAUUGUGUCUCUUAGGAUUGGUUUUACUGCCAUUUACUAUUGUUUGCGCAGAUAUGCCUUUCCAACUUCGGGCUAUGCUCAGCAAGGCAGAUGAUAGCAGCAACUUCUGGGGCAUGCCUAAAAAUCACCCAAUAAGAAUGGAACUGGAAAGAGAACCCGGCGUUCUGUUAGGUAGAGAAGAAAAUUUGGAUAUUUCGAAACUGGCAAGCGGAGAUAUUGAUAAAGUUGUUCUAAGAUCAGAAAAUCUUCCUUUCAAAAUGUCAGGUAUUUUAAGACGUAAUGGAAGAUCUGGAGAAGAGAAAGCUCAAUGCCACAUACAUGUACAAGUGACGGAAACUUAUAAAGGAAAUUGUAUUCGACUAAGGAACAGUACUCCAGCAUGUCACAAUGAUAAAUAUGUCUCUAUCAAUUAUGAUGAGUGCAGCUAAGUACAUUGCCUUCGGAUUUACUGUUCGAUCUCUUCCCUUUACAGACGAUUAAAGGUUUCUGAUUUAAAAUGAGAUACUCGUUUGUAAAUAGAAGAAAAAGUCUUGACCAAGAUAAUAUUCGUUUUUGACAUAAUUAUAUCUUUGAACUUUAGAAAUUUUAUUGUUGUCUGUCUUACUGUUGCAGCUACGGUAGCAGAAACUGCAUUUUCGUUCAGAAGAUAAUUGAUGGUUCAUUUUACUAGUAUAUGUACUAUUAUCUUAAUAGUUUGUAUUAUAAUCUUAAAAUCCUGUAUUCGUUAUUUUAUUCAUUACACCCCGAUGAUGUGCUUAUGUCACUG